AUGGACGAUCCGGACGAUAAUGCGGGCAACACCAACGCCCCAAUGCCGAUACCCGAUAGGAGCAAACAUGGUGAUGGGAAUAAGACUGAAAACAAGACUCUCGGAAGCAAAAAGGAGGCUGAAAACAAGACCACCGGCAGCAAGAAAGAUGCUGAGAAUAAGACGACUGGUAGCAAGAAGGAGACCAGUACGACCGGUGAUAAGCCGGCCUCGAAAGAAUGGGAAGAACCAAGCCUGAAGAAGGAUCUCAAAAGCAAAUUGGAUCCGCCCAAGAAAGUUGUAAGUAUUAAGUUGUUCAGAUAAUUCUGUGCCCCCUCUCAAUUCUGUGCUCUCUCAAAGUAAAUUUGCGGGCGCAGAAUUAUUUGACCAACAUAAUAGUUGUCAGCUGUUUUAUGCUAAAAUUUAAUUUUACCCUAGCUUAUUACCUAUUUAAACUUAAAAUUUCAAUUUCAGGAAGAGAAGAAAGGCUCCAAAGAGGAAGUAAAGGGCUCCAAAGAAGACUCGAAGAAGGAAGUUACCGGUCGAAAAGACGUUUCGAAAACUUCAAAACGAAAAAAGAAGAUUGAUUCGAAAGAGGAUCCAGACAAAGAGGCCAAGCACCUCAAGAGACUGAAUCAUGUACCACCCAAGCCGGAGCAAAUCUACGCCGAAUUGCCGAAGAAACGGACCUUUUGGGGUUACUGUGAGUUUUUAGGGCAGGGUAGAGUAAAGUAUAGUAGGGUAGGGUAUGACGCAGUAGAGCAGAGUAUAGUAUGAUAGGGUAAGGCCUAUCAUACCAUACUCCUUAUAAGGUAGAAACCUAUCAAGUCAUUUUUAAUUUAAAAAAAUUUAAAGUUUAUUAAAAUUUUUUAGUCGUUCUACCCUUGUACAUUUUGAGUAUUUGGACAUUGUUGGCCGCCAUGAUGUUCCCUAUCAUGUUCUUCAUACCUAUAAUUUACAAAGCAAGUCCGGAAAACAUUGGCCCAGGCAGCUUUUUGGGUAGUGUGCCAAGUAAAUUAUUUUUUGUUUUGUAAAGAAAGUUCUUACUAUUUUAAAAUUUGUAAAGAAAGUUCUUGCAAUUUGUUGCUUUGUAAAAAAAGUCUUUGCGAUUUUACGCUUUGUAAAGAAAGUUUUUGCGAUUUUCGUUACCAAAAACUAUUUUUUCAGAACUGAUUUUUGAACCGAAUGUAGCCCGUCUGGCAACGUCUAAAACUCGGCAAGAAGAAGUGGAGACACGUCGAGCAGACCCAUCAAAGAUUUACUACGUUGAUCGUCGACCAAUCACAUACGAACCCUACCUCACUCGGCUACGGUUCCUACUUACUGAUGGUGAGUUACAGACGCCUUGGCUUGCCUCGCUACUGUUAGUAGAUAAUGCUGAUAUUGUUUUAGAAUACGGGCCAGAACGCUUUGCUGAAUGCCACAAGGACAACUUUCGUAUGAAGUCGGGCUGUUUGGUCGACUUGAAUUAUGACAACUUGGAACUGGGCUAUGGUGCUUGUGCCGUGCCUCGGGGCCAAACAGUUCAAUCGUUUUCGUUCGGUUUCGAAGAUCAACAGCCUUGUAUCAUGAUUAGACAGAAUAAGGUGGGUAUUUUGAUUAGAAUUUGAUGGUAUCGUACGUAUUGUGCUUAUAAUAAAGUUAAUGGAGCAAAGAUAAUGUAGCAAAGGUACUGUAGAAAGUAUAGGUACUGUAAUAAAAAAUAAAUUGUAUUUUAGGUACAGUAACAAAAAAAUUUAUUUUGCAGCUUUGGGUACUGUAGCUGAAAUUAUGCGUAUUGUAACAACAAAUAUUACGUGGGGUACUUUGGCUAUCGUACCGUAAUCAGCACUUUGUACGAUAUUUGGUGUUAUCUUACCGUAACCCUUCAUUACCCUGUUUUACCAGAUAAUACCCGACCGUAUCAUGCCCUUCCCUAACGUAAUCUACCCUACCUUAUCCUACACUACCCCGACCUAUCCUACCCUACUCUACCAUACUCUAUUCUACCCUACCCUACUCUACCAUAUCCUACCUACUGUAACAUAACCUUCUAUUUCCAGAUGCUGCACUACAUGCCGCCGAUGGUGGAUAUUCGCGACGAAGUGACGGACGAGCGAAUAAUGAACGAAAUUCGAAUAUUGUGCGAACGUGAACAUUACAAUACGGCACCGGACGGCGACUGCUGCUUUUGGUACCGCUCACAGUUACGAUGCGAGGUCCAGAACGGCGAUAUUCAAAUAUUCCCGGCUUUUGGCGUACCAGCUUGCCAUUUCCCGUACCAGUCGGGCGCGGAUGAGGACGACAUUAAGAGUUAUCAACAACCGAUUCAGUUUGUUAGGGUAGGUUUGGGCAAAAGCUUUGUUUACAGUGUAAAAAAUGACAAGGACUUUCUUUACAAAACUUAAAAUGGCAAGAACUUUCUUUACAAAACUUUAAUUGGCAAGAACUUUCUUUACAAAACUUAAAAUGGCAAGAACUUUCAUUACGUAAUGAAAAUGAUGAGAACUUUCUUUAAAAAAAGAAAAAUGUCAAUAACUUUGUUUACAAAACUAAAUUAAGUUAUCUUUUUUGAGUUUCUAUAAAAGCUAUUAUUAUUAAGUCUUCAACUGUUCAUUACCUGCAGGUAUCCUGAAAGAAGGAGAUACAGCCGAAAUCAAGUGCUACACCGACGAAUCGCUGAAGGACGACGAACACCACUAUGUCAAGUUCACCGUUCAGAUCUUUAACGCCAACGAAAAUGCCGCUUCUGAAUUCUCCAUGCCCGUUCUGGGAACUUUUUCCUUCAUUUUGGCUUUAAUUUUGGCACAAUAA